GUUUCUCUUUCAGAUCUAGAACCACCGACUUCUAGUUUCUGCCCUAGCGACAUUGUGAAAGAGGCCAAAAGUCAUAGAGAAAAGGUGAGUUGGGACGUACCAGUAUGUUCAGACAAUUCUCAUUUGCCUCCAAUCAUUUGGUCUAACCGAAAGCUUGGAGACCUCUUUGGGGCUCCAGGAAAAUAUAAGAUCCAACACACAGUCAAGGAUUUCGACUUCAAACAACCAAACAUCUAUACUGGAUGCUCUUUUAUGAUAACCUUGAAAAGUAAGUUAAGAUUGUUAUUCAUUCCAGAGCGCAUUUCACUUGGGUGCUGAAGUUAAUGACAACUUAAAGGGGAACUGUCUAAAGCGCGGGAAAACGCGUACUCUCGUUUAAUGUUUUCGAUAGUCUGUGUGAAGCAGGUCCAUAACGCACACAGUCGAGCCUGUAUCAGGCGGCAUCGUAUUUAGUGGUCACUCUGCCAUUUCCCAAUGGUGACCGCUUAUACAGGUACGACUGUAUAAAGAUUGGCUUAAGGCGGAGCAGUUUUCUUUUACCAGCCGCGCAGCGCUGUACAAUAAAAUGAAUGAACUCUGCGACGAAAUACUGUUGUUAGUAUGCAGGCAUGUAACUGCUCGGUUUAUGUUGGAUUAUUAAAAUAAAAAUGACCAUAUCGUUACACAUUCUUGACUCCACAUAAUCACCCUUUGUUUACCGGUAAUUUGGUAUCAUUUUUAUUUUUAGGGACAAAAUGCCCUAUGUAUCUUCCCCCAAAGAAUGGCGCUCUUGUUUGUUUGAAUUAUGGUGACGGUUCUGAGAGAUUCUGUCAAGUUGCUUGCAAACAAGGAACCGAUUUCGUGACCAACCCUUCCGUUUUGUACGUAUGUCUCGAUAAUGGA